AUGGCAUCACCAGCAAGGGUGGCUGCGACUUGUUGUACUCGCUCCUGGCGAGCGUCAUACACACCACGAAAUGUCGCCCGCGAAUUUUCCCUGUUGAACCGUCCCUCACCGAAGUACCCGGGCCACAUACCUUUGACAUCGGUAGAGCGAGGCGCUCUCGCAAUUGGAUCGGCAGUGGGGUCGUUGUUAAAUCCUCGAAGGGGAGACUUGAUAGCAACUCUCGGCGAAGCUACAGCAACACCGUUUUUUAUUUACCGUCUACGCGAUGCUAUGCUAUCAGACCCAACAGGUCGACGAAUACUCCGUGAUCGCCCUCGAAUUACCUCCCAAACAUUGUCCCUCCCAUAUCUUCGCAGCUUACCUCCAAACACUGUAGGAUUCACCUAUGCUGCUUGGCUUGAUCGAGAGGGUGUCAGCCCUGACACUCGCAGCAGUGUACAGUAUAUUGAUGAUGAAGAAUGUGCAUUCGUCAUGCAAAGAUAUCGAGAAUGCCACGAUUUUUAUCAUGCAGUGACAGGCCUCCCAGUCGUUGUUGAAGGUGAAAUAGCCUUGAAAGCCUUUGAAUUUCUGAACACAUUGAUCCCGAUGACCGGUUUAAGUGUUUUUGCAGCAGUAAGACUGAAACCAGACGAAAGACAACGUUUUUGGAGCAUUCAUCUACCGUGGGCAAUUCGAAGUGGGCUGAAAAGCAAAGAGUUGAUUAAUGUGUACUGGGAAGAGCAGUUGGAACGAGAUGUGAAUGAACUGAGAGAAGAGCUGAACAUUGAGAAGCCCCCUGACUUGCGGGACAUUAGAAGAAAGCUUCGAGAGCAGAGGAAGGCGGAAAAGCAAGCCACAAUUCAAUCGUGA